GCCACCCUAUUCUCUCUCUUUCCUUUUCCACUGGCACUUCUCUCCCUGUGUGUGUGUGUGUUAGUACUGAGUACAUACAAUACAAAUACUGCGAAACUUUGCUUUCUUCAUUUUAAUGGCGUGACUUGAACACAACACUGUCCUUUUCUUAUUCCUCCCCACUCACUACCAAAUAUCCAUCUGUUCUUCAAAUACUCAAAACCCCAAAUACAGAAACAAAAUCUUCUCUAAUUCCCAAUGCAAACUUUAUUAAUUUCCACCAACCUUAAAAACCAAAAAUUCUCCUCGUAUUGUAUUAAUCUAAUAUCCAUCCAUAUAUAUUUCUGUUUCUUAGUAUAGUUGUUACACGUAACGUGUGUGUGUGUAUUUAUAUCUGUUUGCUAUAUAGAGUUCUUACACGAGGUUUGUAUUGUGUGAUGUAUAGAGGUGACGAAAAGGGAAAAAUGAAGGGUGCUGAAGAAAUGCUGAGGAUGAUGAUGAUUAAGGAAAACGUUUCAUAUUUGCAUCAAAAUCAUCAAUAUGAUCAUCAAACAAUGAUGGGGUUUUCGCCGUCGGGUUCAAGUUCUUCGUUUUCUGGUACCGGGUUUGGUUUAUAUGGUGAUGAUUCAGUGGAUUCUUGGAAUGUAUUUGAUCAUCAGAAUAUUAAUCAAGGAGAAGGAGGAGUAGUUGAUAUUACUAAUACUACUUCUGGUUGGUCUAACAUGCUUUUUCACGAACAGAAUUUUGAUAAGCAUGUUGACAUAGGCGAUCUGUCUAAGAGAUUUAAUUAUGGGGUGAACAUCAAUGGAACAGGAAAUUUUGGUCAUGAUCUUUGUGAUUUUCAAAAGUCAGGAGAAUUAUUAGGUGGACAGAAAAAUUAUUUGUAUGAUUCAAUGGGGUCUUUUUGUAGUAGUAACAAACUUCCUGUUAAUCCUCUGUACAAUGACCUCUGUUUUCAAAAAGAGCAAAUUGAUUAUACUAACUUGUGUAACAUGAAUAGGCCUAGUAGUAAUGUGAGUCUUGGAUACUCAGAGCAGUGUGGAUUUAAUGAUGUUGGUGUUGAUAGUAGUUUGUUUAGUUCAUUGCAUGGCAUAAACCCAAGCAGGAUGGGAUUAAAUUCCGAAUGUGAUUGUUCCAUUUUAAAGCAGCAAAGGGCUAAAUCAAUACCUACUACUAACAUAGUGAAUCACCCUCUUUCCCCAUUGCCAUAUUCAAGAAGCCAUGAGAGUGAAGAUAGCUUCAUUAUUCAAGGGGAAUGUUUAAAAUAUGCUUCUGAACAGAGAAGUUUAAAGGGUCACAAGAAAAAAUCGCGGAAUGAGAUUAAAAUGGAAAGGUUGCAAGAGAAGAAACCAGCAAGAAAUAGCAGCUUAUUGCAUAAUGGUUUAGGGGACACAGAAUUCCAAGUAAGAGGAGUUAGUAAAAAUGGUUUGGCCUCAAGGGAUGAUGCUAGUCUUACGCGUUCGGAACCAAACUAUGUGUAUUUGGCAGCUAAAGAUCAGCUGGGGUGUAGGUAUUUACAGAGGAUAUUUGAUGAAGGGACCUCAGAAGAUGUUCAGAUAAUAUUCAAUGGCAUCAUUCAUAAUAUCUUUGAGCUAAUGAAGGAUCCAUUCGGGAACUAUCUCGUGCAGAAAUUAUUGACUGUUUGUAGUGAUGAGCAAAGAAUGCAGUUUGUGCUUAUGGUGACUGAUAAUCCAGGAGAGCUUGUGAAAACAUCCAGGACAACGCACGGGACCCGUGUUGUGCAAAAGUUAAUUGAGACAAUGAAGACCAGGCUGGAAAUUUCAUUAGUUAUAAGGGCACUUCAACCUGGUAUUCUUAAUCUCAUGAUGGAUGUAAAUGGAAAUCAUGUGGUUCAGCGUUGCUUGCAUUGUUUAAGCAAGGAUCAUAACAAGCUUAUUUUUGAUGUUGCGGCUAAACAUUGUAUUGAUAUUGCAACACAUCGUUAUGGAUGCUGUGUGCUGAACAAAUGCAUCACUUAUUCAACUGGCAAGCAGCGCGAGAAGUUGCUUGUUGGGAUUUGUUCUAAUGGGCUUAAGCUUGCUCAAGAUCCUUUUGGGAAUUAUGUUGUUCAAUUCAUAAUAGAGUUAAAGAUAGCCUCUGCUGCAGCCAUGUUGCUCUCUCAGUUUGAUGGCCAUUAUGUAUACCUCUCAAGGCAAAAGUUUGGCAGUCAUGUUGUUGAAAAGUUCCUCAAGUGUGUUGAAGAAAGUAGGUCGAGAAUCAUCAAUGAGUUAGUCUCAGAGCCUCAUUUUGAUCAGUUGCUGCAAGAUCCUUUCGCUAACUAUGUGAUUCAGUCUGCACUUGGCGUUACUAAGGGAUCCGUUCGAGCUUUGCUGCUUCAAGCUGUGAGGCCUCACAUGCUUCUCCUGCGCACGAGUCCAUACUGCAAGAAGAUCUUCUCUCGGCGACUAUUAAAAAAGUAAUGCUCCAAGCGACAGUAAAAUGUUGUUGUUCUCUUACUAUUUAUUACCUUCUCUAUUUAGGUACUAGAUGUGGAAUGUAUCUUAUCUAUGAUCCUAUUAAGGUGAUCACUAGCAUAUCAGACUGUUGUAUGUCAU